AGCUGGGUAUCCUUUUGGCGGGUGAAAUUUUGCUGACUCGUAACUCGAAAAUAUCCAUGUUAAGCACAAGUUGAAAUUGUAAUCUUCAAGAUGUCAUCGACCCUAAGUCAGGUGUAUGACUACCUCAAUGAACAGAAGUAUCCCAAGAACACUAACGGAUCUGAAAAGCGAACGCUUCGAAAGCGUACAGAAAAUUUUGUCAUUAAAGAUGGCGUCCUGUAUUAUUGUAUGGGCUGGAAACAAAUGUCGGAGGAGGAAAGAAGCAACGCAAAGUUAAGAGAAGCUAUUCCAUCAGAAGAAAGGAAGAUCAAGAUUGUAUCAACCAUUCACAUGAACGAAUCAGGUGGUGGUGUGCACCUUGGAUAUGUCAAGGUACUGAAGAAGCUAUCCAAGGACUACUAUUGGACAGGCAUGCACCGUGAUGUCCGAAAUAUACUGAAGAUGUGUCAUUCAUGUGCGAUGACACGGGCGAUGGUGCGAGAUGACGACAACAUGGACUCUGGUGAUGAGGAUGUUAACACCAGCCCGACAGAUGCAGCUCUUUUGGGGUCUCAGAGCAGUGUUGGUAAUGGACAGCGCAUGAACUCGAAUAAAAUGAUGGAGAACAUAUUUUGUACGCAAAACGACUUGGAUACAGAUGGAAAACACUUUUGGGACGUGGUUGAACUGGAGAUCAUUGGACCUUUCCCUGUAUCCCCUGAUUCUGAACACUACAACUAUGUGGUUCUAUUGCUGGAUGUAUUCUCUGGUUGGCCUGAAGCAGUAGUGGUGGAGAACACAGACCUCUCAACUCUCACCGCAGCUGUCUUCACACUGAUCUGCAGGUUUGGGGUUAUGUCCGAAGUUGUGUACAAACAAAGCAAAUACUGCCGAGGAUUAAAGCGUGUGUUUGGGGAGCUCCUGGCUGUUGACUGCCCUGUCAAAGUCAAGUUUAGGGAGUGGUCGUACCUGGAAAGCCGAUGGACAGAACUGAGGAAGUCUGUGGAGGAGUUUGUUGUGAAUAUGCCCACGGAAUGGUUCAGAUACAUGGACUUGUGCCUGCUGCCUUACAGAAUAUCACGGGCAGAGGGCUUGGAUUACACCCCUUCCUAUUUGUGCUUAACUAGGGAGCUGAGACUGCCUGUGUGUGUCAACCAUCAGACAUCACAGCAUCAUGUGGAGUUACACCUGACAGAGAACCAGAUUAACAAGUCUAUGGCGAACAUUAAACAGAUUUUCCUGAACACACUGAAGGCCAGUAAGGGGGCCUCGCCAGUGGAUGAGGAUGGGGAGGAGAAUACCUGGGACCCCCUCACCCAGGAGGAUAAGCAGGAUGACAUGACCCCUGCAUCACCUCUGACCCCAGCCACAGACAAGGGCCGAAAACUUAGGCGAACAAAGUCGGGCAGCAGUGUUAACAACUAUGGCAACUUUUAUGAAGCGAUGAAGAACAAUCUGCUAGGCCAUGGCUAUCCCCCAAACUACAGCCUCUGUAUGAAGAGGAGCAUGCGCAAAGUGAAAACUUGCUUCCAGGUUCUGGAUGAUAAGCUGUACUACAAAGGCAGCAAAGGCAUACUGAAGGAGGUUGUCCUGUAUGAUGAGGAUCGCUGGAAGGUGCUACAGCAAUGUCACGUGGACAGCUCAGGCAGACAUUUACAUGUACGAGACACAUACAGCAAGGUGUCUGAACACUACUACUGGAAAGGCAUCUCUCUGGACACUCAAGCCUUCGCUCGUGCCUGCCCUCAAUGUGCAGAGAAUGCAGCCAAACAAAAGCGCACCCCUACAACCUAUUUGGACAGUUCUUGUGUGGAGAGUGGUAGUGUUAAGGACUGGUAUUCAGAUUGUACUAAGGAUUACAUGUCACUGAUGGAGUACCUGUGUAACAAAACCUUACCUGAGGGUCUCACCAACAAAAAGGCUCUUGCAUUCAAGACGAGAGGCAAUAUGUAUUCCUUGGGAGAUGAUGGUAUUCUUUAUUAUAAAGACACUAAUUAUGUGGACAAAUCUGGCAAUCGCUUGAUGCGAAAAGUCAUCUUUACACCUGAGGAUAAAGAAAAGUGCAUCAGAGAGUGUCAUAUAAUUGAAACUACAGGUGAACACAAAACAAAAAGUAACACCCACAGCAGUGUCUCGCUGAAGUACUACUGGCCUAACAUCGCGCAUGAGGUGGCCAGAUUUAUCCAGAGGUGUGAAAUCUGUACUGCACCUCCGUCAGGGGAGACAACUGAAGCAGCCCCUCAUACAAGAGCUUCUGUGACACCAGUGAAAAAGGGGCGUCCACGAACACGAGCCAUUUCUGCUGCAGAGUUGGAGACAGACACAUCCCUAGAGGAAGUUACUCAAAAGAAGCGUAUUAAGUUAGGAGUGGACCAAGAACAGAGGCAGGAACGAUUUGCCAGGCUAUUCAAGGCAAAUCUGGCUGCCAGUGGUAGUAUUGAAGAUGUGCAGUCAGAUCACAGAUACAGCAUCCAGUCACCACACAAGACCACCAUGGACACAAGCCAUGACGGUAUUCAAGAGAGCAUGAGUGAGAUUGCUGGUAAUGAAGUGGAGAUUCAAACAGGUGUGGCAGCUGCCCAACAGUCAGAUAUGGUGGGAGAGUUACUCCCCUUGAAGUCUUCCUCACUGGAGCCAUUGAGUGCUGCUGUAGAGCUUGCACUGGCUGGGGAGAAGGUAGCUGAAGCUGCUGACAGUGCUAAUAACAGUGAGCAGUGCACAUCCCUGAGUGAAACAAACACCCCAGGGACAGAUUCGGUGCCACUGAAUUCCACAACAGAUGGCAAAACAAAGGGAAAAGUUUGCAGAAAGUUCAAGUGUCCUCACUGCGACAUGGUGUUUAGAGGGUCAAUCAAACUUCAGGUUCACCUUAGUUCUCACACCGGGGAAAAGCCGUUCACGUGUAAAGUCUGUGGUGCUAAAGUGCGCACCACCAAGAGUAUCCGGCAGCAUGAGCAGCGUCACCGUGGGGAACUCACUGGCAGACGAUAUUUGUGUGAUGUUUGUGGGAAGGACUUCAAGUCAAAAGUACGACUGAGGAGCCACAAACAAACUGCUCAUAAGAAGUCCUGCGCUUGCCCCUCCUGUCACAAGAUUUUUACAUGUCAAGUCUCCCUGGACAGGCAUAAACAGGUCUGCACUGCAAAAGAGGCACUGGUGUGUAAGAUAUGUGACCGAGUGUGUUCGACUCAGUCAGAGUACCGGGCUCAUGUGCUCAACCAUGCUGGUCUAGAGAUGCGGCAGCAGUUAGAGCGAGUGGGCCCAGGGGAACAGAGUAUGGGAGUGACAGUAGAGGAGACAAUGGCUGCUACCUCAGGUGUGGUGGAGCAGCAGGAGGAGGGGGAGGAGACUGAGGAAGGACUGGUACAGAUAAAGAUAGAGAUCCCUGAAGGUAUGGAGCUGGACACUCAGUACCACAUCCAGGAGACUGUAGCAGGUCAGCAUCAGGACAUCAUCAUUACGCACAGCACGGACACCAAUGCUGACACCGUAUUGACCAGCCAGGGUCAACUGGAAUCCUCGCUCUUGCAGCUAGCGGAGCAGGUUGUACAGCCAGGCCAGGGAGAUAAAGAAAUCAAGUAUCAGAUUCUGUACCCAGACAAUGCUGGACACAUUGUUAUCCUAAAUCAUGAACCCACAGACACUACUCAACAGUAGCACAGUCCUACAUUCUCCUCAGCUAACAGGUUGU